AAAGGAGUGAUUAACUCUACAUUUCAAAAUAAUUAUCAGUUAUUAAAAAAGAACAGUAUUAUUCUUGACGAAAAUAGUAAACUUAUUUUAACACUCAACAACGAAGCAUUGCAAGUUUUUACACAGACAAAAUGGGUCGGUGUCUAGCUAUAAUUCUCCCAGCUGUUUUUGUUUCAUUUUUGAUAGAGAAUUCCAUAUCUUUACCAAUUUAUGGACUUCUGAAUCCGGUGCAGACAAUCGUUGACCCUAUUAAUAAUUCAACAACAAAGAUGUGGGUAGAUGUAACGAAGUUGACUGAUACUGAAUUUAUAAACACGACAAAAACACUAACUACAUAUUAUAGUGAUAAUAAGACAAUUGAUAAGACAGUAAAAAUUCAUUUGCUACCUAAUAGUCAACAAAUUGAGGAGUAUCAUGAAGAAUUCAAAGAUGUUGAUAAAGUCCAUACUUUAAAAGCUGAAAAGCAAGAAGAAAAAGAUGUUAAAGAAGAGGAAGAAGCAGAUGAUGUUGAUGAUGAUAAUAGAUAUAAAGCAGAAACAUCUAUAGCUCCUAUUGAAUUUUCAGUCAAAAGUGAUUAAUAAUAAAUUUCCAUUAAGUACUGAAGGAUUUCAAAUAUGUAAUCAAAAAAUUAACAUUCAUUAAAAAUAUUAAGAAAUGAGUCAUUUUUCAUUAAAAAAGCAUUAUCUAUCUUUGUCUCACGUGUGUAGGAAUAGAAAAGAUGAAACUAUUUUUAUGACAAAUGUUAAAUGAAUAUAUCAAAUCAGUUCUAUAUGUCAACACAGAAAAAACCUAGUCUCAUUUUUGUUGUAAGUCAAAAUGAGCCAAUGCUAAACGACAUAGACAGUGGCGCCACCAACCUGGCUCAUUUUUGGUGCACUUUAAAAUGAGUAGCGUAAGUUACUCAUUUUAAGACCAAGUUUUUCUGUGAAAUGAAUUUUAUAUUAAAUGAAAUUACGCCAUAUGAAUUUCAUGUCAAAUGUAAAUUAUGUCAAGUGAAAUUUAUGUCAUAUGAGAUUUAUGUCAAAUUAAUUUUUCGUCAAAUGAUUUGAUAUCAAGUGAGAUUUAUGUCAAAUAAAAUUUAUUGGGGUUUAA